ACAAUGACGGCACGCCAAUCAUCACCUACCUCAGAUCACUCGCAUUCUGACGGCAAUGUUCGCAAGAGGGUAUGCAAGGCAUGUGAUCGGUGUAGAUUGAAGAAAUCCAAGUGUGACGGAGCCAACCCAUGUGGUCGGUGUAGGACAGACAAUGCCAUUUGCGUCUUUGGCGAGAGAAAGAAGGCUCACGACAAAGUGUACCCCAAGGGAUAUGUUGAGAUGCUCGAGCAACAACAAACGUGGCUGGUCAAUGGGCUGCAAGAGCUGUACCGUCGCGCCAUGGAGGGUGAAAGCUGGCCCGGGGAGCCGUUGAGAUGCGAAGCCAAUGGCCAUCCUCUGACGCACGAUCUGCUGACCCGACUUGGUGCCCUGGACCAGAGCAAGGGCGAGCGCUUCGAGGAGAACACCGAAGCCAUGCAGCAAGACCUGUGGAGGCACAACGCCGGACACAUGCAACGCCAGGAGUCCUCCGACGGUAGCUCCGAAAGUGCGCAGUCGCCCAUUCUGCCCUCCCGCUUCUCCGAUUCCACGCCAUCCCAAGCGCAAGGGCCCACCAUCAAAUCCGAGCCUCAUAUGGCCCCGACCAACCCCGCCUUCGUCGCGCCUAUGACUUUGCAAGGGGUGGUGAACCCGCUCGCCCUCCAGACGCCGCAGCAAUGGCCCGCCAACAACUUUGGCACGUUCGAGGAUAUGGAUCUAAUAGGCGCGUCCGACUACACGAAUUUGUCUUUUGAGGAUCAAGUUCCGCCGUCCAUGUUCAAUCGCCACCAUCCGAUGAGCUGUAUGCUCUCAUCGUCCUACAUGGAUACCAAGGGCGAUUAUGAGGACAUCAACCAGUUUUUAAAUGCGAACGCGCCCGAAAUCGCAUCGACCUGA